UCCUAGCUACCGCAGGUGAAAGGCGGGGCGCGUAUCGCGGGAACGUUACGAUUUAAAUUUCGAAUUAGUAAUGCAUAGAUAACAAACUAUUUGGUGUAUUUGAAACUUUUUGAUAUAAUAUUGUGUUGUGAAUAACUUUUGUGGCACUUGUGAAAGUUUCGGGAUAAUGCAAAAUGGAUGACUACAAUGACAGCCUCAUUUUUAACGACACAGAGAGCUAUAAGCCGUACUCGCAGCGACCAGAGACCUACAUAGUACCUAUACUAUUCGCGUUCAUCUUCAUAAUCGGCGUUGUGGGCAAUGGGACACUUGUUGCCGUGUUUGUACGGCACAAGGCUAUGCGAAAUGUUCCUAACACGUACAUUCUGUCGCUGGCACUGGCUGAUCUACUGGUGAUCAUCACCUGCGUGCCCUUCACUUCUAUCGUCUACACCCUGGAAUCCUGGCCCUGGGGUGACACUGUAUGUCGCCUUUCUGAAGCUGCUAAAGAUGUCAGUAUUGGAGUGUCAGUGUUCACCCUGACUGCGUUGUCAGCUGAUCGGUAUUUUGCCAUCGUGGACCCGUUGAGGAAGCUUCAUGCUACUGGUGGAAGCAAGCGUGCUACAAGAUUGACAGUGGCAACCGCUAUAGGAAUAUGGCUGCUUGCAGGCGCCAUUGCUACACCGGCCUAUAUAGGCUCGUAUCUCAGAGAAUUCGUUGUUAAUCCAACUAAGAAGUUUCUAGUAUGCUACCCAUACCCCGUGGAGUGGGGAGAAAGUUAUGCUCGCACCAUGGUGCUGAUGAAGUUCCUGGUCUACUACUCUCUUCCUCUGGCUGUCAUCGCGUUGUUCUACGUGCUGAUGGCCCGGCACCUCGUGUUGAGUACACAGAAUGUACCAGGGGAGAUGCAGGGCACACAGAGGCAGAUGCGAGCUAGAAGAAAAGUAGCUUUGACGGUGUUGGCUUUCGUAGUGGUUUUCGCGGCGUGUUUUCUUCCGACUCAUGUUUUUAUGAUGUGGUUCUAUUACUGUCCAACAGCCCAAGAAGACUUCAACGCCUGGUGGUCAGCCCUACGCAUAGUUGGGUUCUGCUUCUCUUUCCUCAACAGUUGUGUCAACCCUAUAGCCUUGUACUGUACUAGCGGUAUAUUUCGGAAACAUUUUAACAGGUAA